GAAAAAGUCGAAUUUUGAAACCCGGGAGUAAUGUAAAACAUGUUAGUUCGAAUAUCGGGAUGGAAGUCCUUUGGGUAAUCCAAAGUAAAAGACUAGCAUCUGCAUGGCUGCUCGGGAUUCUUGUUAAGAGUUUCAUGAUUAUGCUUUCCGUGAGUCUGACAGGAGUCGUCAUGGGCCUUGGGGAGUUCGUGAGGUACUUCAAACAUAGGCUUCAGGAGAGUAACGCCGGUUGUGCGCGACAGCGACAAGGACUGGAGUAUAAAUAGUUAGCAGUUCCAGUGCGUGGACUCAGCAAUGAUUCAGCUGUAGCUCGUCGGCAUGCAGAUCAUCAAAUGGAUCAAUCGACGGUGCGUGAAUCGGAAGAAGCGCGGAAUUUCCUACAGGUACGGCGGUAGUACAGUAUGUAGCACCCGUUUAGUAUGACUUUCACAUGCGGCAUCACAUGUUGGCCGCUCGUAUGACGCAUCCCGGAUGAUUUCCCCCAGACACAUCACAAGCCGGGACAAUUCGGCCCAAUACCCCAGGCAUGCUGAACCGAAUGAAGCCGAGUUCUGGCUCAAAUUCCAGACCAAUGCUUGCAUUUCCUGAGCUCUGUGACUGAGCCGCGGCUUGAUUGGCAAGCUCGGGCAUGCGGGGAGAACAGAAAAGGGCGAAUGGCGGCCCGCCUCGGGUGAGUUAGGAGACGAUUGUAGCCUGGGGCAGGGAUUGGGGCGAACUAGGGUUGGACAAUGACGGAAACUUUGUUUUUGGGGCGAAUGGCGCAGACUGGACAAUUCAUCGUGUUGCUCAUCACGACUUGAGCGAGAAUCAUGGGAUAAAAAACCUAUAAGACCGCACGUCUUUCCGGAGGAGAAAUUGUGAGUAGACCCGGAUAGCAGUGCGCCGGUCGCGCAGCGAGUUGACUCGGUAUGCGGCGCAUCCCGAGUGAUUUCGGGGGCCGCGACCGCCUUUUGAGUGCCGAUUUGGAGGGUUGAAGGUUGGUGUAGACUGGGGGUUUCGGGGAACGGGCGAUGUCGGCCGAGUGGAGGAACCGUUUGGGGCAGUUUUCCGUCGGGAAAGUCAGGUGCGAAGAAGCUGAAGAGAGAGCUGAUUGGGUGGAGAUUUCAAGGUGGGGUCGGCCUGGGGGAAGCUGGACGAUAGCCGAAAAGGAGUGAGAGACUCGAUUGGCCCGGCGGAACAAGAAAGAACAGCCGCGGCUCUCUUGCUCUGACGUCUGCUAUCUCCGCCUUCGGGCGGGCGGCUGGUUCGAGGAUCUUGUAUAUAGUCUGAAGACGUCGGCUGCAAGAAGAGUCCUUCCUCUUCUUCUACUCUGUUCUGUCACAUCCUAUCCAUCACUCAAUCCCGCUAUCAAUUGGAUGGACCAUCGAUACUAUCGGUAGCAUCUAUACAAAAGACCCCACUCUUCAGGCUAUCCACUAUCUAUACACUCCAUAUACCCUUCCACCCUCACAAUGGCCGCCACCGUCGACUCACACCUCAAGGACGUGGCCAUCCUGGCCAGCAUCCCUAACGAUGCCCGCAAAAUCCUGACCAAGGAGGCCUGCGCCUUCCUGGCCAUCCUCCACCGCACCUUCAACCCCACCCGCAAGGCCCUCCUCCAGCGCCGUAUCGACCGCCAGGCCGAGAUCGACAAGGGCCACUUGCUCGACUUCCUCCCCGAGACCAAGCACAUUCGUGAGAACGACGCAUGGAAGGGUGCCCCCCCUGCCCCCGGUCUGGUCGACCGUCGUGUCGAGAUCACCGGUCCCACCGACCGCAAGAUGGUUGUCAACGCAUUGAACUCCGAUGUCUGGACCUACAUGGCCGACUUUGAGGAUUCCUCUGCCCCGACGUGGGAGAACAUGAUCAACGGUCAGGUCAACUUGUACGAUGCCAUCCGUCGCCAGGUCGACUUCAAGCAGGGCGGCAAGGAGUACAAGCUCCGCACUGACCGCAAGCUCCCUACUCUGAUUGCUCGUGCCCGUGGCUGGCACCUGGAGGAGAAGCACUUCACCGUUGACAGCGAGCCCAUCUCCGGUUCUCUCUUUGACUUCGGUCUGUACUUCUUCCACAACGCCAAGGAGCUGGUUGCCCGCGGUGCCGGUCCUUACUUCUACCUCCCCAAGAUGGAGUCUCACCUCGAGGCUCGCCUGUGGAACGACGUCUUCAACCUGGCCCAGGACUACAUCGGUAUGCCCCGCGGCACCAUCCGUGGUACCGUCCUGAUCGAGACCAUCACCGCCGCCUUCGAGAUGGACGAGAUCAUCUACGAGCUGCGCGACCACAGCUCCGGGCUCAACUGCGGCCGCUGGGACUACAUCUUCUCCUUCAUCAAGAAGUUCCGUCAGCACUCCAACUUCGUCCUCCCCGACCGUUCCGACGUCACCAUGACCGUCCCCUUCAUGGACGCCUACGUCAAGCUGCUCAUCAAGACCUGCCACCGUCGCGGCGUCCACGCCAUGGGUGGCAUGGCCGCUCAAAUCCCGGUCAAGAACGACCCCGUCGCCAACGACAAGGCCAUGGAGUCUGUCCGCGCCGAUAAGCUGCGCGAGGUCCGCGCCGGCCACGACGGUACCUGGGUUGCCCACCCGGCCCUGGCCGCCAUCGCCUCCGAUGUCUUCAACAAGUACAUGCCCACCCCCAACCAGCUCUUCAAGCGUCGCGAGGAAGUCAACAUUACCGCCAACGACCUGCUGAACACCAACGUUCCCGGCAAGAUCACCGAGGAUGGUAUCCGCAAGAACCUCAACAUCGGCCUGAGCUACAUGGAGGGCUGGCUGCGCGGCGUCGGCUGCGUGCCCAUCAACUUCCUGAUGGAGGACGCCGCUACCGCCGAGGUCUCCCGCUCCCAGCUGUGGCAGUGGGUCCGUCACAACGUCACCACCGCCGAUGGCAAGCGUGUUGACAAGGCCUAUGCCCUGCGUCUGCUCCAGGAGCAGGCUGAUAGCCUUGCCUCCCAGGGUGCCAAGGGCAACAAGUACCAGCUUGCUGCCCGGUACUUCGCUGGCCAGGUGACCGGUGAGGAUUAUGCCGAUUUCCUGACUAGCUUGUUGUACAACGAGAUCUCCUCCCCUGGCUCUGCGGCUAAGCUGUGAGUGGGGUUGAGCUAGUGGAAAUCUGGACUGGCGGUGGUGGAUCAUGAUUAUGAAUACCCUUAUUUUUCCUUUUUUUCCCCUUUUGGUCAUUCUGCAUUUUCUUUUGGUUUCAUUGGUGAUGAUCAAUUAGCAUUGUUGUAUAACAUUCAUUGAAUAUACGUUAUUUCAAAACUUU